GUAGUGUGACAUAGGCUUCAAUAAUCUGCACCUUAUCAAGCCACGAAAUCUAACCGUUACAACAUCGAACCAGUGUCGAACUGUUUGGUCUAAAAAAUAAACCAUAUUCGGAUUAUAAUUUGUAUCUUUAAAAGAUAAAAACUACAUAGACUUAUAUGGACAGACGUCACAGAAGCCCAGGAGUUACCGAGUCAUAAGUUGUAAAACUAAGAGCAAUUGUGAGAAAAGAACAUUCUAUCGUAGCGAUCUUAUUGUUCUCGUACCGAAGAUGCCAAAAUCAAAAGAAUACGUGUCUAGCAGCGACGACAGCGAAGAGGAAACAAAAUCAAAAAAGAAGAAACAAAAGAAACAGAGAACUUCAGACGAAGAUAAACCAUUACCAAAAAAAGCAAAAACAGAAGAUGAAGAAUCUGUUUGGGAUUUGGGCAACAAUCGUCAAGUAAAUGUGAGAAAUUUCAAAGGCAAAUAUUACGUAGAUAUCCGAGAAAUGUAUUACGACAAAGAUGGCGAUUUGAAACCUGGAAAAAAAGGGAUAUGUUUAACUAUGCAACAAUGGCGAAAAUUUAUGGAUGCUAUUCACGAAAUAGACAAAGUUGCAAAAUCAAAAUGUUAAAAUUCUGAUUUUUUCUAAUUUUUUUCAUAUUUUAAAAACAUCAUUGUGUUUGUAUUUUGUAUUCAUUGAUUUCUCUGAAACAUGUAUAAGAUAUUAAAAAUAAUCAGACAGUUUUUUUAACACUGGCUGUUAUACAAAUAACUGAACAGUAAAUAAAACUUGUACGCAAAACAUUAAAGAAUAAACUCAACAUUCAACUUCAAGAA